AUGCCAAAGAAAACCAUCGAAGAAUGGACCGAUGAUGCCAUUGAGUCUACGCCAUAUUUGGCCAGUGAUGAAAAAUCUGCGUCCUUCAGAGAGUCUACACAACUUAACCAGCAAGAUACUGAAAACAAAAUAGAGAGCCAUCCAACUGUGAAACCCUGGGUACAUUUUGUAGCUGGUGGUAUUGGUGGUAUGGCAGGCGCCAUUGUCACUUGUCCAUUUGAUUUGGUAAAAACCAGAUUACAAAGUGAUGUCUAUAAGGACGUUUACAAAUUCAAAACACCAACACAUAUUUCUACGUCGAACUUUAAAAUUGUUCAAGUAGCGAGUCAGGCAAGUUUACAUUUUAAGGAAACAUGUGGUAUCCUUGGGAAUGUUUAUAGACAAGAAGGUUUUAGAAGUCUGUUUAAGGGUUUAGGGCCAAAUCUGGUGGGUGUCAUUCCUGCUAGAAGUAUUAAUUUCUUUACUUACGGUACAACUAAGGAACUCUAUUCUAAAGCAUUCAAUAAUGGUCAGGAAUCGCCACUAAUUCAUUUGAUGUCGGCUGCUACAGCUGGGUGGGCUACCUCCACAGCAACCAACCCUAUCUGGAUGAUUAAAACUCGUGUCCAAUUAGAUAAAGCAGGUAAGACCAGACAGUAUGUAAAUUCGUGGGAUUGUUUAAAGAGUAUUGUAAAAAAUGAAGGUGUCAGAGGUUUGUAUAAGGGUCUUAGUGCAUCAUAUUUAGGAUCGGUAGAAGGUAUAUUGCAAUGGUUACUUUACGAACAAAUGAAGUUAAUGAUCAAGACUAGAUCGAUAGAAAAAUUUGGCCAUGACGGUGAUAAACACAAAACAACUGGUGAAAGGGUUAAAGAAUGGUGUCAAAGAUCUGGUGGUGCCGGUUUAGCUAAAUUUAUCGCUAGUAUAGUGACAUAUCCUCAUGAGGUUGUUAGAACUAGGUUGAGACAAUCACCGGUAGAGAAUGGUAAAGUAAAGUACACGGGUUUAUUACAAAGUUUUAAAGUUAUUAUUAAAGAGGAAGGUUUCAUAUCAAUGUAUAGUGGUCUAACCCCACAUUUAAUGAGAACCGUACCAAAUAGUAUCAUAAUGUUCGGUACCUGGGAAGUUGUAAUUAGACUUCUUUCGCAAACAUAG